AGCCACAGCCAUUCAUUUUCUAUCGUCCUUUAGCUCUUGCUUUUAUUGGUUUACAGCUGUUUGCAAGUGUUGCUUUGACUUGAAUACAAUACUUAAUAUUCCCCUUUCUGAGUUGGAAACAAUAUACAAGUAAAGCUAGAGGAUAUUGAUUUGUGUUUUGGGUUUGUUUUUCAAUUGAAGAUUGAUAAGAUGGUUGUGAAGUUAUAUGGACCACAAUUUGCAUCCUGCACCAGAAGAGUGCUUGCAUGCUUCUUAGAGAAAAACACUGACUUUGAGAUUGUGUUGCUGGAUAUGCUGGCAAGAGAGCACAAAAAAACAGAGUUUUUGGCCUUGCAACCGUUUGGAAAAGUUCCUGCAGUCCAGGAUGGAAAUCUUACUCUAUUUGAGUCGAGGGCUAUCAUAAGAUAUUAUGCAGAGAAAUAUGCAGAACAGGGGACUUGUCUACUGGGCAAGACUUUAGAGGAAAAAGCAUUGAUCGAACAAUGGCUUGAAGUUGAAGGACAGAACUUUUGUCCUCAUUCUUAUGCGUUAAUUAAUCAGUUGGUCUUUGCACCAAGGGUUAAUGCUCCCCAGGACAAGGAAUUCAUUGAGAGCAGUGCCCAAAAGUUGGGUGAAGUAUUAGAUGUGUAUGAAAAGAGGCUGUCAGAGAGCAAAUACUUGGCAGGGGACUUUUACAGCCUUGCUGACCUGUCCCAUCUUCCACAUACUGAGUAUAUAGUAAAUGCUACUGAUAAGGGAUAUCUGAUUAGGAAUAGGGAACAUGUGAAAGCAUGGUGGGAAGAUAUUUCUUCUAGACCUGCAUGGAAGAAGGUUUUGGCUAUGAAGCCAACCAUUGAAGAUCUGAGCUUUCAGAAUUAACAAAUCCUCUCUUUCUGUAAUUUUGUAGAUUUUUGAAAUAAAAGCACUCCAUGUUUUGUCUGUACAGAACAAUGAAAACAUAAAUACCUCUUUUCACA